CCAGAUUACUUCUCGCAGGAGACGAAGCCAGAGGCAAAGAAGGACUCGCUGUCGCCCGGUGGUACACCUCAGACUGAAGCGCACACCCCCGGAGGCACUGCGCUCUCGCCGCCUGCUUCCAUGCCCAUGCCAGCGGCCCCGCGUCGGGCAGGACCACCUCGAAGGAAGGCGCCAAAGUCACCGUCGCCCGCACCGCCACCGCCUCCCAUCGAAGGUGCAGGAGAGGAAGCUGCGAAGCCGGCGGAGGAGGCCGAAUCUGCAGACAACGAAGCCAAGCCUGCUCCUGAAGAGGCCCUCAAGGUCACUUCGGAGGCUACCACUGACUCAGACGAGAACAAGCCCACAUCCGACACUAUCGUGGAGUCCAAUGAGGUGCUCAAGGACGGUGUUGUGGUCUCGCCUGGCUCCAUCCUCGUCGAAGGUGCUCAGAAGAGCGGCGACGUAGAGGAAGAGGUCGGCGAGGUUUCGAAGUCGGCAGACACGGACUUAUCGCUGCCUCCGGGGCAUGCGACGCGGGAGGGGAUGGCAGAGGAGAACGAGGCAGAGAAGAAAGCGGAGGCGGAGGCGGAGCGCAGAAAGUCCAUCGACGAAAGCAGGCGCAAGUCUAUCGACUCUCAGCGUAAAGCGUCGAUGGAUGUUGAGCGAAAGUCGUCUAUCAGCAGCACGCGCAAGUCUGUCGACGUGGAGCGCAAAGCCUCCAUCGACAGCGCGCGGAAGCCCUCGCUUGAUGCAGGCUCUCGCAAGUCCUCCGUUGCUGAAGCCGCUCCUCAGCCUCCGGCCGAGGCUGAGGAGGACGAGUUCAGACCUCCGUCGCCCGACGCGCCGCCCCCCGUGUCUGCAGAUAUCGUCGAGGACAGGCCGCCGGCAUCUGCUAUCCCUGAGCACGACGACGCUGCCAAAGAAGCUGACCCGGAAGAAGGUGAUUUGACUUCGCCCACACUACUCAAAGCAUCGCCUACUGUGCUCAAGGAUGAAAGCAAGGCGAAGCUGUACGAGCAGACGCCGUCAGACGGUGGAGGCGACCGUUCCAACCCUCCCGCUCAGGACGCCGCACCCACACCUCAGCCAGAAGCACCUGCAGAGGAGGAGGAAGACGACGAAGACGCUCGCCGAAAGCGCGUCGCUGCCCGUAUGGCCAAGAUGGGUGGCAUCAAUCCCUUCGCUCCACCUCCGCCUCAGCGCAAGGACUCCUCGAGCUCCAUCCCACCUGAGCCGCAGUCGCCUGCGCCGCGCACGAUCCCGCCUCCCCGCAAGGCGAGCGCAGUGUCGAUGCCCAGCGACGAGAUCGAAGACGAUGGUAAAUGAUCUUUCUUCUGCUAUCUAAUCCAAAUGUGUAUCUGUACAACUGCCCUGGUGUGCUUGGAUAUAUGCUCAAUAUUGUUCUCUUUUUAUAGUCGCGAACGACGACGAUUUGCAAGCCAGCGAAACC